CAAGGUUACAAAUUGAAAUUGACGUGGCCGAAAAACAGUCAGCAGAUACGUUUAUUUCUUCAAUAUUUAUCAACACUAGUAUUGAAAACAACAUUCUUUCAACAUGGUGCUGCUUGCUGCAGCUGUAUGUAACAAGUCAGGGAAAGCAUUAAUUUCCCGUCAAUUUGUGGAAAUGACCAGGUCAAGAAUAGAAGGCUUGCUGGCAGCUUUUCCUAAGUUGAUGAGUUCAGGAAAACAACAUACUUUUGUUGAAACAGAAAGUGUCAGAUAUGUGUAUCAGCCUCUAGAAAAACUUUAUGUUCUAUUAAUAACAACAAAAGCUAGUAACAUACUGGAAGAUCUGGAAACAUUGCGUCUGUUUGCUCGUGUGAUACCAGAAUACUGCAGAAAUAUGGAGGAGGCAGAGAUUGGAGAUCAGGCAUUUUCUCUCAUAUUUGCAUUUGAUGAAAUUGUUGCUCUAGGUUAUAGAGAAAAUGUAAAUCUUGCUCAAAUCAGAACAUUCACUGAGAUGGAUUCACAUGAAGAAAAAGUUGCAAUAUCUGUUCGAGAGACACAAGAAAGAGAGGCUAAAGAAGCAAUGAAGAAAAGAGCCAAAGAAUUACAGCAAGAGAGAAAAGAAGCUGGUAGAUCAGGGAAAGGAAUUGGUUAUGCCGGAGGAUUUGGUAGUUCUUCAUAUUCAUCAUCAUCAUCAAGAGACAUUAUUGAGCCUACACCUUCAGCAGAAACAAAACCUUCAUACACAUCUGUACCUAGUAAACCAUCUGGAACUGGCAAGGCUCUUAAGCUCGGCAGUAAGAAGAAAGAUGUUGAUACAUUUGUUGGACAGUUAGAAUCAGAAGGACAAAAAGUAGUCAGUUCAAACACAUCAGUAUCAUCAACGGUAGCCAAAGCUUCUACACCAGCUGUUGAUCAGGACGGUGUACACAUUGUAAUGGAAGAAAAGGUGUCAUUAACGGCAGGCCGUGAUGGUGGUCUACAGAGUAUGGAAAUUCUUGGUAUGGUCAAGGUUAAAGUCAACGAUGAACAAUAUGGUCGCAUUAAAGUACAAAUGAUUAAUAAUGAUAAAAAAGGAACACAGUUACAGACACAUCCCAAUGUGGACAAGAAAAGAUUUAAUACAACAUCCAAUAUUCAGCUGAAAAAUCCAGAAAAACCUUUCCCUCUGCAUCAGGAUGUUGGUGUAUUAAAAUGGAGAUAUACAACACAAGAUGAAUCUAAUAUGCCAUUAUCUAUAAACUGUUGGCCAAAUGAAACAGGAAAUGGCUGUGAUGUAAAUAUAGAAUAUGGGUUAGAGCAACCACAACUAGAAUUAAAUGAUGUAACAAUUAAUAUCCCUCUACCGACAAGUGUAGGAGCUCCAGUAGUCGGAGACUGUGAUGGGGAAUAUAAUUACGACAGUAGAAAGUCGAUGUUAGUUUGGAGUUUACCUGUUAUAGAUGCUUCCAACAAGUCUGGUAGCUUAGAGUUCAGUAUAGCUGGUCAUCCUGAUGAUUUCUUCCCUGUCCAUGUUAACUUUAUGUCCAAAAAAUCUUACUGUGAUUUACAGAUAUCUGAUGUUCGAUUAAUAGAUGGAGAACAGCCUGUAAAAUAUUCAUCAGAAGUUAUGUGUUACACAGACAAAUAUGAAAUUGUAUGAUAAAUAUGUGAAAAAUAAAACAUUUUAUGUAAAAUUGGGACUUGGAAGUGAAGGUCAGCCAACAAACUGCCUGUUUUAAGUGCUGCAGUGUCUGAAAAUUUAAUACUAUUCUGAACAAAAGAAUUUAGACGUAAUUAAAUGUUGGCUCGCAAGAUAUAGUGAAUCAUGAAAGAGGAUAUAAUAUUGAGAAGACUCAAAUUCUUAUGUUGUUCCUGCAGCACAUACUACUUUAGUAAUAUUGGAUUUUGGUUAAAAAAUAGCUGAUAUAAAAAAGUUUUGUUACAACAGCAUAGAAUAUACAUCGCAUCUAUUUCAUAGACUUGUUACAAUCUGUAGAUGACCAUUUCUGUUUUAGAAGUCUGUUCAUCAUUGAUGUUUGUGGAGGCAUUACUAAGGAGCACCAUAUAAUAUUGAAUUGUUGUCUCAAUAUGUAAUUGAGUAUUCGUGAAAAGUGUAAAAUAAAACUUUAUUUUAUGAGUUUAAAAAUGUAGACAUUUAAGUUAGAAUAUCAUUUUCUCAAAAACCUAACUUUUAAAGAAAUACUUCUUUGAUUAAAGCUUUAAAAUUGUUAUCUAGGUUGAACAGUAUCUUAAGGAUGGUAUGAUUAUAUCCUACAACAAACAAACAAAAUAUAUGUAUAUAUCCUGUGUUCUCAAGAUAGUAUUUAGUAUUCUACAAAUGUUUCAUAUAUGUAGAUGUCUUUUAUCUUCCACUUUAAAUUUUAAUACAGACCUUUAAAUGUAUUGGAAUAACAAAUCUCUUACAAACACAAAACUGUGAAAGUUGAGCUAUGUGUUUAUAACAAACUCACUUAGUUAUGAAGCAACUUUAUUUUUUUAUUGAAGAAAAUAUUUAUUAAUUCCUGAGGAUUUAUAUUGAAAUUUUCUUGUCUAUAGACAUGGAGGGGGGAUACAAAAAAAAUAUUGGGGGAAGUUUUAAAUUAAAAAUUUCCUUACAAGUAAUGAAUGGGCAGAUGAAUUUAUUCAUUCAUAGAUUUAGAAAUAUUUUUAGAAAUCAUGAUAUUUACUUAAGAUUUUGGUAUAAGGAUCACUUUAUAAAAUAAUACAAAUAUUUCUACUUAUAUAUUUUUUCAGAUGAGAGAAAGUUUUUAACUUUCAAAGUACAAGGUGAGAGGUUGACAUUUAUAAUAAUGGUGUUAUCUGCUACUUCUCUGUAUUUAGUAGUGGUAUUGUAAUUUUCUUUAUGAUACACUGAUAUUAUGUUGAUGCUCAUUGGAGAUUCUUUAAUUUGGAAACAUUGCAUUAAAUUUGUUAUCCACAUUAGAAAAAAAAAUAUCCGAAACACAACAUAAAUUGGAUAAAAUUUAUCCAAUGUAGUAGACAUUCCUUCAGGCAACAUUAGAAAAAAUGCUUCUACUAAACUUUUAAACCAAUAGGUAUCAAUUGGUAGAGAUUUCCUAUUGAUAUAACUUGUUAUUGUUGCAACUUAAGGACCAAAAAAAAAUAAUGUAUAUAUGUCUUAAAGAAGAAUGUUAUUUAUUGAAAGUGCUCUGAAGUAUAAUAUCGUCAAAAAUAAAAUGGUCAAAACAGUUA